CCGGUACUAUCAGAUUUAAGAGCCCCGGCGCGAAACAUUUAUUUUGGUGACGCGGCAGUAAACAAAGACAUUUCUGAUGUGUACAACGGGGGACAAUGGAGUAAUAAUAAUUCUCAGUGAUGAUGAGGAGGAUGAAGACCACGACAUAUCAUGCAGUGACGCCUCGGUUGUCAUAGUGGAGGUGGAGGAUAUCAAGAAGAAUGAUGUCGCGUUAUCGCAAACUGCUCUGGACGAAGACCUGGUCGUCACGUUCUCCCGCCGAGCCGAGGUGCUGCCUCACGCCCGCUACGACUGCGCCAUUCAUCCUUUCACGGCUACAGACUGUGAGGUCGGUUCUCCUGUGGCCAGUAACCAGCUGUCAUGUGAUCAGUGCUUCUGCUACAUCUGUGACAAGCUGGCGUCAGUGUGUGUACUGUGGGUCCAGAGCGGCGUGUGUCACUGCAACAGCCACAAAAGAAGCGACUUCUGGAACAGCCAGCGGAGCAGCGGCCUGCUGGGAGGACUGAAGCCUUUCAACCUCACCUUGUCUGAAAUAGAUGCUCACCUCCGACAUGCAGAGACGCUGCUCCAGAGGUUCAGGGAAGAGCUCGCUGAAAGGUUCGCAACCUUCCUGAAAGGAGUGAGGUUUCAAGAAUAUGGUUUGAACCUUCCAAACCAUCCAGGCUUCAUCUUUGAUUACACGCACGUGUACGAGUUUGUGUCCUCGUUCCUCAACCAAACAGACAAUCAGAACAGCAGAGCUGCUGCCAUCUUGAGACUGGGGGCCGCAGAGCAAUUUAUUAGACAUUAUCAAUCCUCAGGAGUUUACGUCUUACAAUCGGCCAUGGCCAAUGCUUACACGGCUAAAGUGGUGCUACUGCAGAGGGUCGUGGCGUCGUUGCAGAGACAGAUGGUGAUGGAUGAUUUUACUUCAGAUUUCAUCCAAAAGCUGCAGGAGUUUUACAAAAACAUAAUUUUACCAGCUGAGCUGAAAAGCAUGAAGAACAGCCUGUGUAUUCGUCCCUGGGAUGACGUCCUGCUGGUGUCGGUGCUGAAGGGACAGAAUGUGUCGGGCGUCCGCAAAGACAAAGGCAAGAAGGACGUCCUGUUUGAACAGAUUCCUGUAGUUCAACUGAGAACGGAGCUGCUGCAGCGACAGCACAGGUACAGAGAGUUGUGUCGCUACCUACGAGUUGUCCAGACUGAUGAUUCCAAACUCGUCCAGCCGCUUCACGACCUCGUGCCGUACUUCAUGUGCAUGGACGGAGACUUCCUGUCGGCCUGCCACAGUUUGGUGCCGUCACUGAACGCUCCCGCCUCGAGCUUCACGCCGGACAUCUUCCUCUUUUAUCUCCUCAUCUUCGAAAGGGCGAUUGCACCGAAGCGGGCGGUCCGUCACAUGACAGAGCUCUGCCAACCUCAUGUCACAUGGGAGCCAAUUAAAGGUGCUGUUGCACUGAAGCGUGCUGAGCUGGUGAAGUUUGCUCUGCGGGUUCAGAGCUGCUGCUCGGCUGUCUACGCUGAUUCUCAGUGUUGGACCCGUUUACUCUCACUGGUCAACACCCCCCGUGGGACAGUCACUGCUCUUCAAGCCCCGAACCCACAGUUUCUACACGAAGCAAAGGAUGUUGUGAAUUCGAUACUGCUGAAGCCGCCCGGGUCAAAUAUACAGAUCCCACGUUUCUUUCAGGAGGUUUACCCAGAUCAGGCCUUGUUACUGCUGGUUACAGGAGCGUUAGGGUGUAGAAUCCUCAGUGCUGCUCUGACUCCAGCUCUCCCUGUUCUCAACGCAUUCCAGGAGAACACGUGGGCCCUCGGGUGGCUGUUGGACAGUUUGUCCUCCAACGUAGAACGUCUCAACUCCUUCGCACAGGAGAUCACACAGGAAGUGGAUAACAUCACAGAUGCGGCUAGUUCAUAUCCCUUUCUCCGCUCUAUCAUACCCACUCUGUCUUCUUCAGCAGAGGAACUGGGACCAGCAGCCCAGCAGCAGUUAAUCUCUUCUCCUCCCAAGUGAAGGCCCAGUGUUAGCUAUUGACCUGCACAUCACUACGCCUCAACAUCAUGGAAUCGCCACGGUUACUGCAAAGCCUUCGCCACUGAGUCGAGCACUGAGAGAUUUACACAUCACACAGAAUAAACCUGAACAGACCAGUUAGUGUCGGCAUAAUGAAGAGAAUAAUAUCUCCACUGUUGUAACAUUAUUAACACCUCAGAGACACUAUAUUCUACUUUAUUCUUUAAUAAUCUACUUUCCAGUCUGAUCUGAACAGGAUAAAAAAAAAGUUUAAUUCUGCUCUGUGGGAUUUUGUUUUAUUUUAACUGAAUAAUGUUUACUUUCUGGAAAUACUUUUAGAUAUUCACUAUUUUAUUGAGACAUUUAUGUAACUGUAAAUAAAAAAAACCGCUUUAUGAAACACUUGAGU